CCCCUCCCUCGGCGGCGGCGGCGGCCCCGGUGGCUCGGCGCCCCCCAGAGGAGGGAAAGUUGGGACCUGGCGGCGACGGACGCCCCCGGGCGCGGCUGGGAGGCUGCUGGGGAAAGUGAAGCCUGGAGGAGCUGGACGCGGGGAGGCUGGGGCAGGAAGGGCGCUGCUCGCUGUUGCUGAGUCUCCACGGACACCCCGGUACAAACCUAGGAGGAUCCGGCGCAGCCUCGCCAGCAGCGCCGGGACGAAACCCGGUGGCUCUUUGCCUGCUCACUUCGCGCUGCGGCUUGUGAGCCCCCUAACGCGCGGGUUUGCUCUGUUUGGGGAUUUUGAGAGGUUUGCUGAUAGAUUGGAUGUGGAAUGUGAAAACAGAAGAGUUAAGGAUGAAUCUAAGGCCAUAUGUAUAUUGGUGGCUGGUCGGAUUUGGCCUAUGGGUCAUAUAGAUUGACAAUCCCUGCUCUAUUAAACGUUCCUAUCUUCAGAAAAUAAGUUAAGGAAUGAGAGGCAAGGAAGAAAGGACAUUCAUCUUGGAAGAACCCAAAGCACUUUCAAAUUUUAAAGGAAUGUAAUGAUAGCUGCUAAAACCACCUUUGUCACCAUAAUGGAUGAAGUUCUUCAAAUUUAACCGAUUGAUCACACUUACAAGAGCUGCUAUGAAACAGGGGAAGUGAAAACUAACAGAUGAAAGUUUUGCCAUGCACUGAAAGGAAAGCAUCAUCUGUGAAGUUCUAUUUUUAAAAAUGUCUGCUUGUAACACCUUUACCGAACACGUUUGGAAACCUGGUGAAUGUAAGAACUGCUUUAAACCUAAAAGCUUGCACCAGCUCCCCGCAGACCCUGAGAAGGCACCCAUCACCCAUGGCAAUGUGAAAACUAAUGCCAAUCACAGUAAUAACCACCGCAUCAGGAACACCGGAAAUUUCCGGCCUCCUGUGGCUAAAAAGCCCACUAUAGCUGUGAAGCCCACUAUGAUGGUGGCAGAUGGACAAAGUAUAUGUGGUGAGCUUAGUAUCCAAGAACACUGCGAGAAUAAACCUGUCAUCAUAGGGUGGAACCGAAACAAGACAGCCUUGAAUCAGAAACCACUUAAUAAUAAUAGUGAAGAUGAUAUUGAAGGAUUUAGCCAUGUUCCUAAGCCUUAUAGGCAUGAUAGCGCAAAGAAGAUAUCAAAUAACAAUAAUGGACUAACUGAAGUAUUGAAGGAGAUAGCAGGCUUGGAUACCAACCCUCAGAUAAGAGGAAAUGGAGCAAACUCCAGAGAAACAUUCUUAGGAAGAAUAAAUGAUUGCUAUAAACGAUCACUAGAAAGAAAGCUUCCACCAAGUUGCAUGGUGGGUGGGAUAAAGGAUACUCAAGGCAAGCAUGUUAUUCUGAGUGGGAGCACAGAAGUGAUCAGUAAUGAAGGGGGCCGGUUCUGUUACCCAGAGUUUUCUAGUGGCGAGGAGAGUGAGGAAGAUGUACUCUUCAGUAACAUGGAGGAGGAGCAUGAAAGCUGGGAUGAGAGUGAUGAAGAGCUGUUGGCCAUGGAGAUUCGCAUGAGAGGGCAACCUCGCUUUGCUAACUUUAGGGCAAACACUUUGUCUCCUGUUCGAUUCUUUGUGGACAAAAAAUGGAAUACUGUCCCCCUGCGAAAUAAAUCUCUACAGAGAAUCUGUGCUGUAGACUAUGAUGACAGUUAUGAUGAAAUCCUGAAUGGUUAUGAAGAGAAUUCUGUGGCCUCCUAUGGGCCAGGAAGCAUUCAGAGCAUGGUAUCAUCUGACUCCACAUCACCAGAUUCUUCUUUAACAGAAGAAUCACGGUCUGAGACAACCAGUAGUUUAUCCCAGAAGAUUUGUAAUGGGGGAAUAUCUCCUGGUAACCCAGGAGAUUCUAAGGACAGGAAGGAAACUGAGCCCAAUUAUGAAAGUCUCUCUAGUAAUAAUCAGGAGGAGGACUCAUCACAAGCAUCCAAAAGCUCAAUAAAAGUUGGAGAGACACACAAAGCAGUACUUGCUCUCCGUUUAGAAGAAAAGGAUGGCAAGAUUGCUGUACAAACUGAGAAGCGAGAAAGUAAAGCCUCUACAGAUAUUGCUGGGCAAGCAGUAACCAUAAACCUCGUUCCUGUAGAAGAGCAAGCGAAGCCCUACCGAGUUGUGAAUCUGGAACAGCCGUUGUGCAAGCCAUAUACUGUCGUGGACGUGUCAGCAGCCAUGGCCAGUGAGCACCUCGAGGGCCCUGUUAACAGUUCUAAGAUGAAAAGCUCUUCUACUCCAAACUCUCCAGUGACAUCACCUGCAUUGACAUCAGGACAAAUAAGUGCGCAUUUCCAAAAAUCCAGUGCAAUCCAGUACCAGGAAGUAUGGACUUCCAGUACCAGUCCACGGCAAAGGAUACCUAAGGUGGAAUUAAUUAGUGGUGGAACUGGACCAAAUGUCCCUCCAAGGAAAAACUGUCACAAAUCAGCACCUACUUCACCCACAGCUACAAACAUUUCAUGUAAAACCAUCCCUGUUAAGUCACCUAAUUUGUCUGAAAUAAAAUUUAAUAGUUAUAACAAUGCUGGUAUGCCACCUUUUCCAAUUAUCAUUCAUGAUGAGCCAACUUAUGCUCGGAGUUCCAAAAACGCUAUCAAAGUUCCCAUUGUAAUCAAUCCAAAUGCAUAUGACAAUCUAGCCAUUUACAAAAGUUUUCUCGGAACAAGUGGAGAACUUUCACUGAAGGAAAGAACCACAAGUAUGAUAAGCCAUACUUAUGAAGAAAUAGAAACUGAAAGCAAAGUGUCUGAUAACACCACUAGCAAACCCACUGAAUGUCCCCAAGCUAAAGGAUUUUCAAACAGCACAGAGUGUAAAAGGGGUUCAGUGGCUCAGAAGGUUCAGGAGUUUAAUAGCUGUCUUAACAGAGGUCAGUCUUCACCACAGAGAAGCUAUAGCUCCAGCCACAGCUCCCCAACAAAGAUCCAGAGAACCGCUCAAGAACCUGUGGCCAGAACAGAAGGAGCUCAGGAGUACCAGAUGGUGGGCAGUGGCAGCAGCACCAGGGAGAAAGCAAGCACAGUGCUUUCUCAGAUUGUGGCUUCCAUCCAGCCUCCACAGUCUCCUCCAGAAAUGCCCCAGUCUGGCCCUAAAGCUUGCAGUGUGGAAGAGCUUUAUGCAGUUCCUCCGGAUGCUGAUGCUGCUAAGAGUACACCCGUUCGGCCCAAAUCUCUCUUUACAUCUCAGCCCAGUGGUGAGGCUGAAGCACAUCAGACCUCAGAAAGCCCUACCACCAAAGUACAGAAAGAUCCACUCACAAAGCCAGGCACCACCCCUCCCUCCAAAUUAGCGACUAACCCCCAAAAUGAGCCACCACCUCCCUUUCCCCCACCACGCUCUACUUCCUCCCCUUACCAUGCAAGUAACCUUUUGCAGAGGCAUUUCACCAACUGGACCAAGCCAACCAGCCCUACCAGGUCAACAGAAGCUGAGUCAGUUUUGCACUCUGAAGGCAGUAGGCGGGCAGCUGAUGCAAAACCUAAACGCUGGAUAUCAUUUAAAAGCUUCUUCCGCCGUCGGAAAACUGAUGAGGAGGAUGACAAAGAGAAAGACCGAGAGAAAGGGAAACUGGUGGGCCUGGAUGGCACAGUCAUCCACAUGCUGCCACCUCCUCCAGUUCAGCGCCAUCACUGGUUCACGGAGGCAAAAGGGGAGUCUAGUGAGAAGCCAGCCAUCGUUUUCAUGUACAGGUGUGACCCUGCCCAAGGCGAGCUCAGUGUGGAUCAGAGCAAGGCUGGGGCAGACCAGUCAGCAGUCACAGAGAAGACGGCAACAGAGGAUGGGUUACUACAAGACUCAGAGAAGGAGAAAAAGAGUCAUUCUUCUCCAUCACAGAUUCCUAAAAGAAGUCUCAGUCAUGUGACCCAUGAAGUGACGGAGGAUUUUUCUCCUUGGGAUCCAAGAACUGUUGCUGCAAAGCAAGAUGGCGGGGGCUGCACUUCAGUCACACCAGCAUUGCCCCUACCUGAACUGGAAAAGGAAGAGGAAAAAGAAGACACUUCAGAGCCUCUGGACAUGAAUCCCUGUAGUGCAACAUACAGCAACUUAGGGCAAUCUAGAGCAGCCAUGAUACCUCCCAAGCAUCCACGGCAGCCUAAGGGAGCUUUGGAUGAUGCCAUUGCCUUUGGUGGGAAAACUGACCAAGAAGUACCUAAUGCUUCCCAACCUACACCACCCCCACUGCCAAAGAAAAUGAUCAUAAGAGCCAAUACAGAACCACUCUCCAAAGACCUCCAAAAAUCCAUGGAAACGAGUCUUUGUGUCUUGGCUAAUCCCACCUAUGAUAUCGACCCCAACUGGGAUGCCAGCAGUGCUGGCUCUUCCAUCAGUUAUGAACUCAAGGGACUGGACAUUGAGUCUUAUGACUCCUUGGAGAGACCUUUGCACAAGGAGAGACCUGUCCCUUCAGCAGCAAACAGCAUCUCCAGCUUAACUACUCUAAGUAUUAAGGAUAGAUUUUCCAACAGCAUGGAGUCCUUGUCCAGCCGACGUGGUCCCUCUUGCAGACAGGGCCGAGGCAUCCAGAAGCCACAGAGACAAGCACUUUAUCGAGGACUUGAGAAUCGGGAAGAAGUCGUGGGUAAAAUUCGAAGCCUUCAUACAGAUGCCUUGAAGAAACUGGCUAUUAAAUGUGAAGACCUCUUCAUGGCUGGGCAGAAAGACGAGCUCCGUUUUGGGGUGGACAGCUGGUCGGACUUCAGGCUAACCAGUGACAAGCCAUGUUGUGAGGCAGGUGAUGCAGUUUACUACACAGCCUCAUAUGCAAAAGAUCCACUUAAUAGCUAUGCAGUCAAGAUCUGUAAGAGCAAAGCUAAAGAAUCUCAGCAGUAUUAUCACAGCUUGGCUGUCCGGCAGAGUCUGGCUGUCCAUUUUAACAUCCAGCAGGACUGUGGUCAUUUCCUUGCUGAAGUCCCUAACCGUCUGCUUCCCUGGGAGGAUCCUGAUGCCCCUGAAGAGGAAGAGGGUGAAAGGAAAGAACCUAAAGAAGAGGUGAAAGGAGAAACUGAUGGGAAAAACCCAGAGUCCUGCUCUGAAACAGAGUCGUCCCAGAAAGAAAGCCAGGGAGUCAUUAGCAGGAAGCAGAGAAGCCACGUUGUAGUCAUCACCAGAGAGGUUCCCUAUCUCACGGUGGCUGAUUUUGUGCAAGAAUCUCUGGCCCAGCAUGGGAAAAGCCCUGAUUCGUAUGAGAGGCAAGUGUGUCUGCUGCUCUUACAGCUGUGCUCUGGCCUUGAACAUCUCAAACCCUACCAUGUCACUCACUGCGAUCUACGUCUGGAGAACCUGCUGCUUGUCCACUACCAGCCUGGGGGAACCGCCCGUGGCCUUGGGCCUGCAGAGUUCAACCUCACCUCAUCUUGUCCCACCAGGCUCAUAGUAAGCAACUUCUCUCAGGCCAAGCAGAAGAGCCAUCUGGUGGACCCUGAGAUCCUCCGGGACCAGUCCCGCCUUGCUCCAGAGAUCAUAACAGCCACCCAGUAUAAAAAGUGUGAUGAGUUCCAGACAGGCAUCCUCAUCUAUGAGAUGCUACACCUGCCCAACCCCUUCGAUGAGAACCCAGAGCUGAAGGAAAAGGAAUACACUCGAGCAGACCUGCCUCGCAUCCCACUCCGCUCUCCCUAUUCCCGGGGCCUGCAGCAGCUGGCCAGCUGCCUCCUGAAUCCCAACCCUUCUGAGCGGAUCCUCAUUUCAGAUGCCAAAGGCAUCCUCCAGUGUCUCCUCUGGGGUCCCCGGGAAGAUCUCUUCCAGACCUUCACCACCUCCCCCAGCCCAAUGCAGAGGAAUGCCCUGCUCCAAAACUGGCUAGACAUCAAGCGAACACUGCUGAUGAUCAAGUUUGCUGAGAAGUCCUUGGACAGGGAGGGUGGAGUCAGCCUUGAGGACUGGCUUUGUGCUCAGUAUUUGGCUUUUGCCACUCCAGACUCCCUCAGUUAUAUUGUGAAAAUCCUGCAACACCGUUAAUGUGUCCUGGCUGCUGCUUUUACUUCAUUUUCACCUUCUUCAAGUCACCCAUGCACUUCCCCUUCCUACUACUCACACAGAAUGCAAGGAAAGAAGAGAGACAAACCUUCCAUCUCUGUCCAUGAACAGAUGAGUCCACUCAGAAGGGUUAUCCACAGCUCUACAUCAAGUGAGAACUGAGUCUGUCUUAACUUUAUAGAAAUUCAACUGCACAAAUAAGUAGUUGCCUUCCUUUGGAAUACCUUCCGCCCUAAUUGUCCCACAAAUGCAGGUAAAAAAUGGAAAUGCACAUCCUUGAAGGGAUGAACUCAGUGAGCUAUGUGCAGUUCCUCCAUAAUUUUGAAUAUCAUCUGUCUUUUUAACACCAACUAUUUAUUCUCACUAGCAAUAGACAGAUUUAACCAGUUUUACCAUCAUCCAGUAAGCUCUCAUGACAGACUUUCUUCCUUUAAAGUAUCAGUAACUGACUUUCUUACCUGGCAGAACUGCCAUCCUUAGCAUCAGCUCAGUUUUGAUUCCAGGGACUAUAGCCUUUCUUCCAAUAGAUAGUUGAAGGACAAGAAAAGAUCCUAUCCCUUGGGUCAUGGACCUAUUUUCACUUCUCUUAUCAAUAAGUGGGUACACUGCAUGGAUGACAGCCCUAACAGUCUCAUUUUUGCUGCCACUGCCUAAUUCUCCUUUACCUCUGCUCUUUCCCCACUUGCCAAUGAAGUUUGGGUUUAUCAUCCACUUGUGGCCCAUUACAUAGCUGACCCAAGAUGGUGUCACCAGUGCCUCACCAAGAUGGAGUGCAGUUCAGAUCUUAUAAAUAGCCAGCAGGACACAAGGAGAUGAUUUUACUGCAUGUGCAAUUCUCUAGGGGCCAUCAGGGGAACAGCUUAAAGUAUCGUUCUUUGAUUACUGUCAGAGCUGUCAGUGUUGGCCAGCUUCCUUCUAUUAGUAGCCAGUAUUAACUAGUCUACCAAAUGCUGUAGAUAACAGUCCCGAAUGAAAUGGCUGUCAGUUAAGCUCUAAGAUCUCCUUAGAGGGCACAUUGCUGCUGGCUAUUGGGAUGGCCAGAAGGCAGGGGAGAGGGAGAAGGCCACUGAUGAUGACGUCCUCCGUAGAAUGCUGACCUUUUAUGGAGAGACUGCCUCCCAGUUGCACUGUCACAUUGCUCCUUAUGACUCUGAAAUGGCUCUGGAGGACAGCUCACAGGGAAUUUUGACUGCUGAGGUGGCUGGUUGAGAGCUGUUCACUGUUCAUGAGGUCUGUGCUCUUCUCCUAUGGAUAUAUGUGCAAUUUUUAUGUAUUUUUUUUGGCUAUAUAUUACAGUGUUUAUGUUGCAACUUCACCUGAAGCAAGAUAUGCAGAAAUCCUCCCCUUCUUCCCUUGGCACAUAUUUGCGCUAAAAGAUGAGUGUUUUUUCCACCCUGGCCGUGGGGCUUGGGGGUGGCUUGUGUUAUUCAAAACUGUGAGUAUCUGUUUACUUCAACCUUGAAAUCCCAAGAGUCACUCAGACAGUGUGAGUGUGUGUGCACGUGUGUGCCCGUGUGUGUGCAUACACAUGCUGGAAGUAGGGGCCAGGCCUCUGGGGGAGCAACCUGUGGCAGGAUUGAUAGACAUGUUCUCUGCACCUAGUCAGUGAGGGAGCCCUCAUCUACCAGUGCGCUUUCUUAAAGAAGACUGAUUGUGCAGUAUUACUUAGAUAGCACACUAGUGGCCUUUAGGAAAUUUGUAAACUUUUAAUAGCCUUUCAUAUGAUUCGCCUAUAUCAAAGAGGAUCAAGAAAGGAGAAGAAUGUAUUUUAUUGUUCACUUGUUUCUUUCCUUCUUUUUUUUAGAGAGAAUGGGACAUGUGAGGCUCCAUAUGGAGGAUGUCCCUGUCCUCCUGGCCAGCAGCAAGGAAUCCCAAGGAAGAGAGUUGAUUGGCCCACAAAGAGUCUUGCUUCUCUAGCCAGAGUGCAGGGCUCUGACCCAGGAAUGGCCACAGGGUGGACAUGCUGCUGCAGGCCAGCAGUCCACUCUCUUAGUGUCCUGUGGCAUGGCUCCGCCUUGUCUAGCAGAUUGGUGUUUGGUUCACUUUAGCAUAGCCCACGUGCACAUAACUCCUUGCAUAAUUAUACACUGAAGAAGCAACACACAGACCACUGACCAUGUUAGCCAGCACAUUCCCUUAGCAGCCCUCUCUGCCCAUGGUUUGCAUAUUGAGACACUUUUUCAAUGUCACUCUUGUGGUGCCUUGCCCUUGUAAAUUUGAAUGUUGACUAUUUAAUAAGGUUUUAUAUUUAAUGAAGAAUGUUCCCUCAUCCCUCUAUUUGUUCUCGAGGUAUCCUUUUUCUUUUCCUUUUUUUUUUUUUUCUGUUUAACUUGGAUCCAGCCUUCUUCAUUUUAACUCUAUAGUGUUAUAAGCAUGGAUACCCUCCACUACCAUUAUCUUAUAGCACUGGUAAACCAAGCACCUCUUCAUAUCUGAUGUGUUCAGUACUGUUUGCAUAUUCAGAUUUGUUAAUGGCAAAAGAUGAAUGCCAACUAGUCAGAGAAGGGCCUCAGGCUUCCCAGAGACAGAUGGCUAGAUUAAUUUUUCUCUGAGUGAUGGCCGAGGAAUGUGAGGUAGGGAGGGAAGAGAGUGUUAUAGGUUAGAGCAGAAUGACAAAAUAACUAUUUCUAGGCAAGAAGUACUACAUCAGGUGGUCCUCAGAGUAUUUUUCAAAGUAAUGAAAUUCAGUCAAUCUACUAUUACCACAAAUGUGUUUUUACAUUUCCAUUUUAAUUGUAGUCGGAACUUUGAAUUCAUUCAUCAACUGAAAAGAAAUCCUACCCUCAGACACAGACAUGUAUACAUACAUACAUAUGAGUUUUGGAUUAUGACUAGUACAGCACUUUAAGAUUUCCCAGUUACAUCAAGUCUUGUCUUCAAUAUUGAUUGGAAAUUUUUUUCCUUUCCAUUGAGGUCUGUACCAUAGAGUCUUCCGUUUAUAUUGAGAGUUUGAACAAUUCAGCCGCUAUUGGAACUUUUCCUUAAGCCACAUGAGCAAGAACAAUGUCUCUGACAUAUUUGAGUGCUAGAGAAAGAAGAUAUGGCUGGAGGAGCCAAGACCAAGACUGAAUGUAUAGCUGAGUGCCUUGUUAGAGCUAUAACCUCAUCUUGGAGGUAAGAGAAUCUGACGUUCUGCAAAGAGGACCAGGACACGAGAGAUUCCCCCGUGCUAGCCUGAGGAGAGCCCCUGUGAUAUAUGUACACUAAUGUGAUGCCUAGAAGCUAAUUCACAAAGAAUUGUAACCUGUGGAAUCAACAACAAAGGAAUCUUGAAUGAGGUUCACCAACCCCUAGGCUACGUUAGAAGUGGAAGCCAGGAGCAUGGCAGUGGGUUUCUGGUUUUGCCCUCUGAAGGUGAACAGGGUGAGAUAUAGACGGGGACACAAGCACCCACACUACUGAUGUUGAGGGGCUAAAAGUGAAACAUAUUUGCUAGGAUUUUAAGAGUCUGAGUAGCUUUUCAUUGUCAGAUUAAGUGGGGUCCAGUUUUGCUUCCAAUCUCAGAAUGAGUUUGUGAACGUAGAAAACUCUAAGCCAAGAGACCUAAACUUCUAGAAAUAUUAAUGCUAUUUCUGGGAAUAAAACCACCUAAAAUUAUAUUUAAAGGUUUCUAGCAUUGUGAAAUUUCCAUGAAAGAUUUCUGGGGCCUACCAAAUAGUAAGGCAUAGAAGGAUUGCACUCAGGUUCCCAAAUUUGAAUUAAGAAUACUUUGGCUGGGAAGAAACCGGACUUGGUUUUGCUGGUAACCUGCAACUAGGAUUUUUCCCUAGAUUGUACCAAUAGUGAUCUGAAAAAAUACAAGCUAGUCCCAGAAAUUGGGGUGGACUUAGGAUACUGCACUAUGUUCCAAAUUAUUCUAGAUGUAUAAAUAAAGUAUGAACAUAGUUGCAGAGGAGGGAGAGAGGAACUUGACCCCCUAGGCCAACUUACAUUUUUUUUAUUCCCCUCACUAUUUGGUAAGAAUUGAAAAUUCUGGUCCAGCCUAAUGAGUGAACAGGAUGGCCACCCAAGUAACUGGGUUAUUAGUUUUACCUCAUUGAAGCUCAAACUCUCAAAGGCCCUAAGUGCUGUGCCGAGACAAAUCCAAGUGCCACUCUUGCUGAAGUGUACACUGAUGUCAAGCUGUCCGUGCUGCAGCAGCACUGAGAGUCGGGGUUCCACGGACCAAAAGUGAUGCCAUAAGGAAGCCAGAAGAGCUGCAAUGCAAGAUCCUAGAUAGAGAUAAUACCAAAGAAAUCAGGCCUUUUUGUAUUGAUGCUUCUAAGGUGAUGAGGUUGAGUUAUGAUAGAUGCCAUGGGAGGAGAAUUCACAUACAUUCCAUGUCAAGGUAUUUGGCUGAUAAAAUAAUCCAUCUUCAAAAAACACCUGUUAAAAAAAAAAGUCUAUUUUGUGUAUUAGGGGGAAAAAAGAAGAAGAAGAUAAUUAUGAAAGCCUGGGCAGAUUGUGAAGUUCCCCAAUAUUUAAGGAGAAAAAACUAUUCUCUCUCCCCUUGACGUGACUGUGGCUAUUGCCUAAACUUCAGCUUGGGGACAUCAUAUCCAUGUGAUACUGACAGCUGAGGAUUUUUUUUAAGAGUUGUGGUAGUUUCAAUAGGUUUGUUUAAAGAACUCUUGGGAAAUUUCUUAACAAAAAUUGUAAUAGGUUUUAUAAACUUUCUUACAGAGGUGUUUACCUCCCAUCAUCACCACCAUUUAAUAUUUAUAAGUGCCCAGAAUAUACAAGGUGCUAUAGCUGUUAAACACCUCUCUGCAGCUGUUUGAGAUUAGAGUAGGUUUUUGCACCAGCCAUUGCUAGAAGUUUCCCCACCUAGGUGGGCUGUGGGGGCCUGCAUUCCAGACAUCCCAUUACAUGUUUCCCACUCCAGAGAGCCUCUGUGUUUAUUUCAGCUUCUCACCUUUACCCAUCCCACUCACCUCCAUGUUUUUUUUAAAUCAAGAAAGUUUCAGGGAAUCAAAAGAGGUUGGAAGUUUUUUAACCUAGCAGAAGUACAGAGUCAUAUAUUUUGCUAUGAAUAUUAUUGUAUUGUGGAAAAUCCAUUUUGCCCAUAUAGUGUGUGGAAAGUAUGUGUGUGCACUCACAAUAACUUGAAUGUUGAACCAGCCCUAUGGCUUCAGGGUAGCAUUUUUGAAAGAUAAACCACACUGCUUCAGGAAACUUGCUCCAAAUACCGCUUGGUUAUCCCUUCCCUUACCAGUUUUAAAGUGUUAUGUGUGAACACACUGGGUUGGGAUUUUCUGUUGAUGAUAUGCAGGGCAUUUUGGCAUAAGAUCAGGGCAGAAGCAAGAUGUCAUCAUUCUCAGUGAUUUGCAUCAUGGCAAUCCUCAUUCCAAUCUCUCUUUACUUCCCCAUGACUCUGCCCACACUCUAUAUUUGAAAAUCUUGUUUCUCUUGCUCUUUCCUGGAGCUUCACCACUCUACUUAGAUAUUUUAGAGUUGUAUAAAUCUACCCAUGAAAGGUCCCCUCUGUCACCAGGUGGCACCACCCUUUGGUUUGCUGUGGUACUUUGCUGUGUUCUCUGUGGCAUCAUGUUACUGUGUAAAUAAAUUCAUUUUAAUA